AUGAAGCUCUGCAGCAGUCUAUACCUGGCUGCCUGGGCAUUGUACGCUUACGCCGCUCCAGUCGACUUAUUAAAAAGAGAUGAACCUCUUAGCGUUCAACUCACUGCUGCGGGUAACUCCGCCGUCAAGGUUGUAGUGGCGAACAACGGCGAUAUGGCUUUGAAUCUUCUCAGCACAGGCACCCUCUUCGAUGACAAGCUACCCGUCGAGCGCAUCUCGAUGUUCGCCAACAACAGUUCUACCAAGGUUCCUUUCGAGGGCAUCAGAAAAGUCCACCUCGAUGCCGAUAACCUAUCCACGCAUGACUUCCUUGUUCUGGGAGCUGGAGACAAGAAAGAGUUUACAAUUGAAGCUGCUUCUCUACACGAUCUCAGCAAUGGCGGAAGCUUUGAUGUGUUUGCAAACGGCAUACUGCACUACGCCAACACUAACUCGACCGAGCUUGUUGGUCACCUAGAAUACAACUCCAAUAAGCUCAUCAUUACCGUUAACGGUACUGAAGCCGCUAAUCACAAGUCAGUAGCCGAACGUGCAGAUAAUCCCCACGAUUGCGAAAGUGCGUACUCCUCUCCACUACAGACUCGCACAAACGCUGACGUAGGCUUCACAGCUUCUAUGCUUAGAGAUCUUGCCAAGGCACAAUCGAACUGCCAAGAGCUGGCAUCGGGAGCUGCAGCUGCAGCUCGAGAUGGACACCCCCGGCUCGAAACCUUCUUCCACUCGUCAUCAUCAGCUACGAGAAAUGAGCUUUCUGCCCGAUUCAGCGCAGUAGCACGGGAAUGCGCUAAGCCAAGCUUGAAUAUCUAUUGUCAAGACCGUCUCAAUCACUGUAAAGGCAGCCUACUUGCAUACUACGGCGCAAGGGGCUUCGGCAUUACGUUCUGUGAUAGUUACUGGAACAAGCCGCCAGUAGUGGAAGGGAACUGUCUAGCUAAGGAUCAGGGUAACAUACUUCUGCACGAGAUGACGCAUGCUUCAGAGGUUUAUAACCCUUCUACGUUAGAUUGGGCUUAUGAGUACUGGCCUUCCGUUGAGCUGUCAUCCAGGAAGGCGCUGAACAACGCAGAUUCGCAUAAGCUGUUUGCAAACUACAUUCGUUGGGGCUGCUAAUGCCGGAGAAUACAAAGAGUGGAUUGGAUUG